AUGGAGUUUGCGUGUAAUAUUCAGCAAGCGAAUGCAUUUUAUAGCAGACAAGGUACUAGUUAUAGGUUAUCAAAUGGGUUACAUUCGAGAUUUAGGUAUAGAAGUUAUGGGUAUAAUAUUGUUGAUUUAAAGCUUGUUUCGAAAGAAAGACCUUCAAAGAAAUCAAAGAGAAGUGUUGCAAUUGGUGGUCGCAGUGGAAUUCAUAGUCAUUUGCAUGUUGGUGGGUAUUCAAGCAAUCCAUUAUUUUGCAAUUUUAUUGAUGAGAUUAAGGGAUCGAGAAGUGUAAAGUUGUGGUGUCAAGGUAACGAUUCGUUAGCAUAUAUUGAUGGGAAUGGUAGAAAUGUAGAAGUUGGGGCGGGUAAUGAUGAGAGCUCGAGAGUAGGGUCUAGUGGUGGCUUCGGAGAGGAGGAAGGAAGAGGAGCAAAAGAAGUGGAGACUGAGGUGGUGGUGGAGGCGCUUAAUUUGGAUGAAUUGAAGGACUUGUUACAGAAUGCAAGGAGGGAAUUGGAAGUUGCACAACUUAAUAGUACGAUGUUUGAAGAAAAAGCGCAGAGUAUAUCAGAAACUGCAAUAGCUUUGCAAGAUGAGGCAGCGAGUGCUUGGAAUGAUGUUAACUCCAGACUUGAUAUGAUUCAGGAUAUUGUGAACGAGGAGGGUGUUGCUAAAGAAGCUGUUCAAAAGGCAACAAUGGCGCUUUCUUUGGCUGAGGCACGGCUUAAGGUGGCUGUGGAGUCAAUAAAAGCUAUGAAAGAAGGGGUUGAUUCAUUGGAGAUUUCUGGAGAGAGUGAUGCGGAAAAUGAUGAUAAAAAAGAUUAUGAGACAAUUUUGGCUGCCCAGAAUGAUAUUAGGGAUUGCCAGGCAAAUUUGGCAAAUUGUGCAGCAGAACUGAGGCGCUUGCAAAGUAAAAAGGAAGAAUUGCAAAAGGAAGUAGACGUGUUGAAUGAGAAAGCGGAGAAAACACAAAUGAAUGCGUUGAAAGCAGAGGAGGAUGUUGCAAACAUUAUGCUUCUAGCUGAGCAAGCUGUUGCCUUUGAACUUGAGGCUACCCAGCGAGUGAAUGAUGCAGAGAUUGCAUUACAAAAAGCAGAGAAAUAUCUUGCUAGUUCACAUGUUGAUAUCCAGGAAACAGCCCGGGGGUAUGUAUCUGGUGAUGAGGCUGUAGUCGAUGACAAGAAGAUGGGCGGAGGAAGUGCUUCUGAUGUUGAAAAAGAAAGAGAUACGACUGUAAAUGGAGAUGUUUUAGUUGGUGAGCCUCCAGUAGAUAGACUAUCUGAUAAAACCAGCCAGAGUUCUGAAGAUUUAUGCAUAUCUGAUGAUUCUAGUGACCAUGAGAAUGGAAAAUUGAGUUUGGACUCUAUUAAAGAUAUUGAAGCAGAAGCUGAAAAGUCAAAAAGUGGCGUUCAAACAAAAAAGCAGGAAACACAGAAGGACUUGACCAGGGAGAGUUCAUCUUCACCUCUCAGUGCUCCCAAGGCAUUGUUGAAGAAAUCUUCUCGUUUCUUUUCUGCAUCCUUCUUCUCUUUCAGUGGAGAUGGUACAGAGUUGACUGCAGCAUCAGUUUUUCAGGGCCUCAUGGAGUCUGCAAGGAAGCAACUGCCCAAACUUGUUCUUGGCCUAUUGCUGUUUGGAGCGGGAAACAAAUUACAUCUUGGUUAUGGUGAUCUAGAGGUUUCUGAAGGCUAUUUCAAUAGAUUUGCCUUCUACUCUAAUCGAGUGGAGAGGAGUACUCAGAUGCUUCAACAACCAGAUGUUGUCACCACAAGCAUUGAAGACGUUUCAUCAAAUGCAAAGCCUCUGAUUCAACAUAUUCAGAAACUCCCAAAGAGAGUCAAAAAACUAAUUGCAAUGCUUCCUUAUCAAGAGGCAUAA